AUGUCUCGACUACGCGGUCCUCGACCGCUUAGGGCAAAAAAUAGAGAUAAGAGCACUGGCACGCUUGAGGAUCACAGCUGGGCGCAUCGUCUGCCUCCGGAGGAUGUAUACGAACCUCUCGAAGAGUUCUUUCCGGAGCAUGAUCUCGACAAACCCAGUAUUGACGAUUCUCGUGGAACUUCAUCGCCUACUUCCAUAGAAGAGACCUACGAAAUUCCAUAUAUCGUUGAUAUAGAUAAAGCGCUGGUAAAACCACAGAAGCACGUCCAUACUGUUGCGGAGCAGCACAAGAAGCGGAUGGAUCGCGUUUCCAGGGGUGGCCCAUCAGUCGACGUCUGGCGGAAGAUGAACACGAAUGUAUGGGGAAAUUGUAUCGAGGAAGUCGAUACCUCGAUGCGGAAGAAGCCGAUCCUUGACUCCCAAGCAGGUGGUCCUGGCAGAAUACUCAAAUGGGUCCGUGGUGAGCUCAUUGCCAAAGGAACGCAUGGCCAUGUGUAUCUCGCUCUAAAUGUCACCACGGGUGAGAUGAUUGCUGUCAAGCAAGUUGAAACCCCCAUAGCCGCCAGUACUAGUGACAGAAAAGACAGCCGACAAAUGGAAUCCUUACAAGCAUUCAAAAGGGAGAUCGAGACCUUGAAAGAUCGAGACCAUCCUCACAUCGUGCAGUACCUUGGAUUCGAAGAGACACCGACGUUCUUGAGCAUUUUCUUAGAAUACGUGCCCGGAGGCUCGGUCGGAAGCUGUCUGCGAGAUCAUGGCAAAUUCGACGAGGAAGUUACAAAAUCGUUCACGGGACAGAUUCUCGAGGGUUUAGAAUAUCUCCAUUCCAAGAACAUCAUACACCGAGAUAUGAAGGCAGACAACAUCUUGGUGGAAAAAACGGGGAUCUGCAAGAUCUCUGACUUUGGAAUUUCGAAACGUACCGAUCUCAUUGAAAUGGCUUCUACGGCGAUGCAGGGCACAGUUUUUUGGAUGGCACCAGAAGCCAUACAUCCCCCGAACAAAGGCUAUAACACUAAAAUUGACAUAUGGAGCUUGGGCUGCGUUGUCCUUGAGAUGUGGUCAGGGAAGCGGCCAUGGAAUGACGAUGAAGCUAUAACGGUCAUGUUCAAGGUAUACCAGAAUAAGCAACCCCCGCCAAUACCUUCUAAUGUGGUGCUGUCCGAUCUUGCAAAAGACUUUAAAGACAGAUGUUUCGCAAUUGAUCCGGAUGAACGCGCAAACACUGUAGAGCUUCAGCAACAUCCGUACUUGAAGCUUCCAGAGGGCUGGGUAUUUAACGAUUUCAAGUAG